AUGGACUCGAGGGACUAUAUGACGCCCACCCCUGGGAUGGCAAAGGACGAUGAUACCGUGGUCACCAGGAUCUCUACCGUGUCCGAAGCGCAGACGUUCAGGGUGUAUAGACGUCGUUUCUUUGGCCUGGCACAGUUGGUCCUGCUGAACAUCGUCGUCAGUUGGGAUUGGCUCACCUUUUCGGCUGUGUCAAAGACGGCCUCAGAGUACUUUCGUAUCAGCGAGGGAGCCAUCAACUGGAUGAGCACGGCUUUCUUGUUUGCAUUCUGCUUUGCUAGCCCGAUCGUGAUAUGGACACUCAACAAGGGCGGUCCUCGAUCCUCCAUCAUCACGGCCUCCGUCCUGCUGCUGGUCGGGAACUGGGUCAGAUAUGCCGGGACACGAGCGGGCAAUGGGAACUUUGGAGUCGCCAUGUUGGGUCAGAUCCUGAUCGGAUUCGCGCAGCCGUUUGUCUUGACGGCACCGACCAGGUAUAGUGAUAUCUGGUUCACCGACCAUGGUCGGACAAGUGCGACUGCUGUGGCCAGUCUUGCGAACCCGUUUGGCGGAGCGUUGGGACAGCUGAUCGGCCCUUUGCUGGCAACAGAUCCGUCCCAGAUCCCGAAUCUGGUCCUCUACGUCUCGAUUAUUUCCUCCGUGGCGUGUGUGCCAUCAUUCUUCGUCCCUGCUCGGCCUCCAACACCGCCCAGUCUGGCCUCUGGGACGGAGAAGCCCCCUCUUCUUGCCAGUUUACGUGAACUAGUCACUCGCACCGAAUUCUGGCUCAUCUUCUUCCCCUUUAGCAUCUACGUUGGCCUCUUCAACAGCAUCUCUUCCCUCCUCAACCAGAUCCUCUACCCCCACGGCUUCUCCGAGACCGAAGCCGGCAUCACAGGUGCUCUCCUGAUAGUCGUCGGCCUCGUCUCCGCGGGCAUCCUGUCGCCUAUCAUCGACAGACUAAAACACUACCUGGGAACCAUGAAAAUCCUCAUCCCUAUCCUAGCAGCUACCUACAUAGGCUUCAUCUUUGCUCCUAACUCGAACAGCGUAGCCGCACCAUACGUUGUCGCUGCUUUGCUCGGUGCAGCCAGCUUCUGUAUCCUCCCAGUCGCUCUCGAGUAUUUGGUUGAACUAACCUAUCCCAUGUCCCCGGAAAUCCCAAGCACCAUCUGCUGGACCGGGGGGCAGAUCUUCGGUGCAGCGUUUAUCUUGAUCGAGAACGCACUCAAGGCCGGACCAAAGGAUAACCCACCCUUCCACAUGACUCGUGCACUCAUCUUCCAGGCAGUGAUCGCAGCUGCUGUAGUUCCACUGCCGUUAUGCAUCGGCCUUUUCGGGACAGAUAUUCGCAAACGCAGGCUUGAAGCCGAGUGCCAGCGUGUCAGGAGCGAAGAGGAAGCCAUCAUCCGUCAAUCCUAA